AUGCCCAGUGUAGCAAACCUGCAGGCUAAACCAAAGACUAAGAAAGCUCCAGAAAUUCCAGCGUAUGAGCGGCGCAACUGGCUGAUUCAUCUUCAUUAUGUAAGGAAGGAGUUCGAUACCUGUAAAGCUCUCAUUCAGGAACAGCUGUCUGAGGCUGGGGGCAUGUGUGAGUACGCAGUCUACGUACAGGGACUGAUCAUGAGGCUAGAAGGGAGGAUCCAGGAAUCACUGGAUCUAUUCCAGACGUGUGCGCUGUUGAACCCACAGAACCCAGAAAAUCUGAAGCAGGUGGCAAGAUCAUUGUUUCUGCUGGCCAGACACAAAGCUGCCAUUGAUGUGUACUACCAGGCUGCACAGAUCUGUGAAAACGACUGGGAAAUACACCAUAAUCUGGGAGUGUGUUACAUGUACCUUCGAGAUUUCAACAAGGCCAAAGAUUGUCUAAAGCAGGCAUUGAGUCUUGGUCGCCAUGAAGUCUCCUAUGUUAUGCUUGGGAAGAUUUAUCUUUUGGAGAAGGACAUCAAUGCUGCCAUAGACGUCUACAGAACUGCAGUUGAGCAUUCACCGGAGAAUCCAGACCUACUGACAACUGUUGGUCUGCUGUACAUGCAGGUCAACCAGUUCCAGAAAGCAUUUGAAAAUCUCGGAAAUGCCAUGACCUACGACCCCAGCCACACCAAGGCCAUUAUGGCCGCUGGUAGCAUGAUGCAGAGCCACUCAGAUUUUGACGUGGCCAUCACCAAGUACCGCAUCGCUGCAGCUAGCAAACCAGAGUCACCUCCCUUGUGGAACAAUAUUGGAAUGUGUUUUUUCGGCAAAAUGAAAUAUGUAGCGGCAAUCAGUUGUCUCAAGAGGGCCAACUACUUAGCUCCAUUUGACUGGAAAAUUCUCUACAACCUUGGCCUAGUGCACCUGACCAUGCAGCAGUAUGCCUCUUCAUUUAACUUCCUGUCAGCCGCCAUCAACUUGCACCCAGACCUGGCCCAGUUAUACAUGCUGCUAGCCAUUUCGCUGCAUCAUUUGGAAGAUCCAGAAAAUGCUAGUAAAUCUUAUGAGCACGCUCUUCAGUUAGACAACAAAGACCCAGCCAUAUUGGUUAACUAUGCAUUGUUUCUCUACCAAACUGGAGAUAGACGCAAGUCUAGUGCUUUGCUCACACAGUUUGACACACUUUCUGCAUCAUUGAAAAAUUCUGGCCGGGAAGUUGAUCAAGGACUCACAGACCUGGCCGCACAGUUAGGUGCAGUGAUCCAAACUGGCAGUGUGGGCACAAGAGCACAGUCGGAGACGACGAGUGACAACACAGACACAGAUAUUUAUAGCACAGUCAACAAGGCCAGGAUGUACGCUGAGUCAGUACCAAGCACAGAUAUACCCGAUUCAUCCCACUCCAAAAACAUGCGCUCAGUGCAUGGGGAUGAUGAACCAGACAUCAUGAACGACUCGUCUGUAAGGCCAGGCCCCAUGGCAAAGUCCGAGAUCAGAGAGAAUGUUUUAGAGCCACCAGCAGAGUUUGGAAACAACAGUAGUUCCUUUGCUGCUGCUGGGACUCCCAAGCUAGCUCCCCUCAGAUCUCUAGAGGGACAAAACUUUGCUGGAUCUCUGCCAGGUCUUCGGAGUGGGAAACUACUUAGUUUAGACCAUGCUCCACUUCCUCCCACUCAUCUGCCUGAGGAUGAUGAUAAUAUCACAGGGGAGACGGAGACCAGGGGCAACAAAUCAUCCAGGGGAAAGAAGCAAUCAAGUUCUGCUGUUUAA